AUGGCGAAGCUUCUGAAAGCGCUGCUCCUUGCUCCGGCUGCAGCGGCGGCCGCGAAUGCCUCGACCCGCUUGGUCAUCCAGAAUGCCUGCGACAAAGAGCCCAUUUGGAUUGCUCACAUGGCUGGUGCCAGCACUGGCCCAGAGGCGCAAAACCUCAUGAUCGCGGCCGGGGCGUCCCACGCCUUCACCACGCCGGACAACCUGAAGGCAACUCGUUACUGGCCCAAGAUGCGCUGCGACAGCACCGGCAACAAGUGCCAGAUCGGCGGCAGCGGAGGGCCAGGCGAGGUUUGCGAUGAGACCCUUGGCUGUGCUCCACCUGUGGACACGAAGUUCGAGGCCACCUUCGGGCAACAAGGGCUGCCCUGCAAUCCGGCGAAGCAGGAGUACGACGGCUGCGACUGGAUUGACGUGAGCAUGGUCGAUGGCUGGACCCUGCCCUUUAAGUUCCAGGUGACCGGCUCCUGCGUCAGCACUUCCACUGGCAAAGCAGUGGUGGAGAGCGGGAAGAUUAUCGACUGCUCAAAAGUCUCGGUGGACCAGUGCCCAACCACGGAGAGCGUGCCAGGUGAGGGUACCCUGGAUUUGCGGCUUCACCACCCGAAAACGGGACAGCUGGUGGGCUGCUACAGCCCCUGCAGCAAGCUGACCUUGAGGAGCUGGAACAACACCGUGGCUGCCCACCACACGCCGCAGGACGCCACCUCCGCGCCCUUCUGCUGCCCCACGCCGCCCGAGUCGCCGGAUGCCUGCCGCACGGGGCCCGUCGGCAAGUCCCAGUACGUGCAGGCCGUGCACAAGAUGUGUCCGGGUGUCUACGGGUAUGCCUACGAUGAUGGCACGGGCCUGAUGACCUGCACCGCCGGAGCCACCUACACCAUGACGGUUUACUGCCCAAGCCCGUACCCGGCUCCCCCGUCCCCCUCCCCGCCCUCCCCGCCCUCGCCGCCCUCGCCACCAUCGCCUUCGCCGGCCCGAUGCACGGUGGGUGCCAGCGUGCUGUGCCCAGGCACGAAUACCUCCUGCUCUGGCGAUGCCUGCUGCCCGGACGGCUCCACUUGCCCAUCGGCCACGGGCACCUUCAAGGGCUGCCCCAAGCCGAAGGAGAAGGACUGCACCAAGGUCGACGACUCCAGCUCGGACUUCGUCGUGGUUGUGUAG